AUGAAACCAGAAUAUAUUUAAUCUCUAGAUAAGUUGAGAGAAGACGUUAACUAAUUCUUGAAAACUGGAGAAUAAAAGUUGCAUUAAAGCAUCUUAGAAUAACUGGGAUUAGAAGGCAAUGAUAUUAGCUACAUGGUUGUAGAAAGAUUGCUUGAUUAUCUGGAUUUCAUAAAUGACACAAAUACUUAAAUAUUUUUAGCUAAUGGAAUAAAGUAGAUUGUAAAAAUGAAUUAUAGUAUUUUUAGUACUGAGGAGAAAAAGAAUAUCUAUUAAAGGACCUUCAACAUUUAUAAGAAAAUGCCUUAAAACUCAUAUUUUUUUUAAGACCUUAUUAUAUGUAUCUUCAAAUUCUUUUAUGACAGCAUAUAAGUUGAAGUAUCUUUUAUUGAAGAUGUUAAAUCCUUCAGCGAAUAGUCUGCUGAGCAUCUUCAACUAGGACUAUUAUUAUUUUCUAAUAUCAUAAAUUGCAUGCAAGAUUAUUAAAUAAAGUAUAAAUGUUCAUCCGACUUGGCUUACAUCGAUUAUAACUCUGAUCUCUCCUAAUUUCAUCGCAAAAAAGAAAUAUCUUUCAGAUAAAAUUUGCUGCCUAUUAUUUUUGAUAUCCCUUUUUAACUCUUAAAUACAAAGAAAGAAGAUCUCAUGGUAGAAUAAGAGACUAAUUUUUAAGUUUUACUUGAAGUACUGAAUCUUCUCUACAACUGUCUAAACUAUGAUUAUUUCGACUAAAAAAAAGUAUCAGAUGAAAAAUUCAUUGUUGAAUCAAGUAUAUUAAGCAUACCUUGUAGAGAGAAAAAAUAGGAUAAUUAUAUUAAUGAUUUGAAAUCACAGGAAUUUACUAGCAUACUUUUUGAGUUGUAUUAUUUCAUGGUGAAUAAACAUAGAGAAAUAUCUAUUAGGUGCCUUCAGAUUUUAAGUUUACUUUGUCGUCUUAGCAUUAAAUUUUUUAAGAAAGAAGAUUAAAAAUUCUCUUAAAUGAUAUUUAUCAUUGAUGGAUUACACAAAAUUUAUCAGACUCACACAUUUAUAUUUGAGGAGAGUGAUGUAUUUGAACAAACUUAAGAUAUUUUUUAAGCAUUUUGUUUAUGUGUUUCAAAAAUACCAAUAGGAAUUUCUUUUUCUGAUGGAGAAAACUUGGUAGGCUUUUGGGAAUUUGUUGUAGAAGUUAAUAAUAUUACGAAGGUUGCAAUAGAUAGAAAAAAUAUACCUUGCUUAGAGCUACUUCUUGAAUUCUGGUGUGGAUACUACUAUUUUUUAUCACAUGAUGGAGCUUAAAAGUAGGAUUAGCUAAGGAGCCUGGUUGAAAAGAUUUUAAAAGAAUUUAUAAAGUCUUAAUUAGAAAUAUCAUCUAAUUUGAAAGAUGACUAAGAUUUUGAAGAAGCUAUUGAAGAAUAUUCUGUUUGUAUUAAAUACUUUGGUUAGUUAUCAAAUGCAUGGAUCGAUUAAAUUGAAGAUAUAUUAAUGAAAAAGAUAUAUGCUAUAUUCUAAAAGAGAUCCUAAACUAUCAAUAUAAGCAUACGGAAUUCUAAUAGAUCAAACUACUAACAAAGUCUUUUUUAUUAACUCUAUUGGAUGCUUUUACUUCUAUUUAAAGCUCAGUCAUAUAACAUAAAAGAAGAGUUACAAACAACAAAUAAACACUAUGAGCUCGACUCAUAGGAUGAGAUAAAAGAAGAUCUAGAAAUUCUUCAUUAAGCUUUCGAUUCUUUUGGAAAGCUUUUCAAAAUUGGUUUAAAUCUCUUUAAAUCGUAGGAUACAGAGCCACUUCCUUAUUUUUUGCAAAAUCUCAUCUUAGAAAUUGCUCAUUUUCUUAUAGAUUACAUAUUAGCAUUUAAGUCUAACAUUAAUUUCGAUUAUCUCAAUAUCAUAAUAAAAUUUACCGAUUCUUUAGAACUAAAAAAUUACUUCUUCUUAAAUAAUAUUAUAAAUUACUUUUUAGACGAGCUAUGCUUCUCAGCCAAUAACAAGAAUUCAGAAUAAUUUCUUAAGAUACUUAAAAGCAUUUCCUCUAACCUUUAAGCUACAGAUUAAGGUGUUUAAAUAGGCUGCUUUCCUUAUGACCUUUAAGGAUUUUUUGAUAGUGAAACUUUUAAAAGACAUAAAGAAAACUCUUACAACUACCUUGAUGCUAAAAAAGUGUAAAAAAUAUAUGAAUACCUAUUUGUGAUUGUAGAUAGACAUGAAUAAUAUAAAAAGAUAAUUAUUGAAAAUGAUUUGCUAAAGUUAACAGAAUAGCUAACUCUUUAAUAAAUAGACUGUAAUAAAUAAUAGAAGGUAUCAUCAAUAAGAAACAGCUUGAAAUAGUAAGAAAAUGGCUCAAAGUAAAAUAGUGUUGUACAAAGUAAAAGAGAAAGUUAUGUAAAUACCUCACCGUAAUACCGUUCAUAAAUGCAAAACAGUAGGAAAAGUGAAGAUUCUUAAAGCAAAAAACUCAAUUAAGUAGAUGAUGAUAUAGUUGAAAUAGUUUCCCCUAAUCCUAUCUAAUAAAAUGAAAAUACAAAUUUAAAUAUAUCUAGAAAUUCUUUAGAGAAAAAGAAAUCAAUUAAGCUUUUAUAAGAAUCUAAUAUUAUUGAUUAUUUUAACAUUUUUAUGAAUGUGAUCAGUUCCAGAAUUUAGUUGGAUAAUGAAAUUCCAAUUGGUGAAUAAAAAAAUAUUUUGAAAAGUGUCCUUAAUCAGCUAAUUGGAAUUGUGAAAUCAUCAACAAUUCAUACUUACAGCAGAAUAGUGCAGUUUAUUCUUCAAAAUAAUAUAUUUUACUCAAUUAAACAAGUUAUAAAAUAAGAAGGUGAACUUAAUCAUGAAGAAAUUAAUUGUUCAUUGAAAUUUAUAUCAGAAAUUUCAUAAACAAGAAUUUAUCUCAUAUCUGAUCUACAAGAGCUGCUAUUAAAAGAAGAAAUAGAAAUAAUUAUCGCUACUUAAGAUAGAUUGCUAAAUAAAUCUUUUAUAUAAAAUGUUAAAAGUUAAACAGAUGAAUGGAAUUUAGUAAUACUGCCUUUAAGCUAUUAAUAUAGAAUAAUAUUUAAUUUGCUUUAGCAGUAAAUGCUUAAUUUUUCAUAGCUUGAUUCACAAAUGAUUAUAAGUAACAUGUUUCAUUGUUUAACUGUAAUUACUCCAGAAAAAAUGAGCUAGUAUCAUAAAAAACUAUAUUGGAUAUAUCGUUCUAUCCAUCUGUUAAGCUAGCUCCACUUUGAAGUUUUCUUAUUUCUACAGCCUUUAGAAUUUCACUCUGUGACUUAGAUUAUGGAAGAAGCUUUAAAAGUGAGUUUUGAUUCAGAAGAACCAAUGGAAUUUUUUAUAAAUGUUCUAAAUCAAAUUUUUAUUUGUAAAAAAUCUAACAAUUUGAUCAUGAAUCAAUAUCUUGCAUAUUCGGAGGAAACUUUGAUAAAAGUACUCCAAGCUAUUGUUUUAAAAGUAAUCAGAAAUGAGGAUUUAAAUUAAAAAAACUUGUAUCGUCUUAUGCUAGGCUAUUUUUGGAUGCUUGAGAAAGAUAAAUUUUUAUAAACAGUUAAUUAAGUUUUUAGCAGUUUUCCAUAUCAAAAUACUAUUUUCAUUAACAAAUUUGAGAAUUAUACUGAAGAAAUAGAAAUACUUGAUAUUAAAAAGUACUAAUAUACAGAUUAAGCAGUCUUGUUGGAUGCUAAAAUUAUUUUUAAAAGAGUAUUUGGUUGA